GACAGCAGGCUGUGGGAGGAGACAGGAGAGGCAGGCAGGACUAUAAAGUGUCUGCCUCAGGAGUUCAGCCCGUACACUUCUACUGAACAGCAGGAUCACACAGUGAAGAGCCAGGCCACCUACAUAUAUACCUGUCCAAGGAACCAUGGUGAAGCGUGUUGCAGUUAUUCUCUCAGGCUGUGGAGUCUAUGAUGGCACAGAGGUCCACGAGGCCUCCGCUGUCCUCGUCCAUCUGAGUCGUGCCGGAGCAGAAGUGAAGAUGUUUGCUCCAAAUGUAGCUCAGAUGCAUGUUGUAAACCACUGUGAGGGGAAACCUACAGAGGAGAAAAGAAACGUCCUGCAAGAAAGUGCCCGUAUUGCCCGGGGUGACGUGACUGAUCUGGCCAAGUUGGAUGUUUCAGCAUUUGAUGCUGCCAUCAUCCCAGGGGGUUUUGGUGUGGCCAAGAACCUGAGUGACUGGGCAGUGAAGAAUAAGGACUGCACCGUCCAGCCACAACUGGAGAAGAUCAUCAAGGCUUUCCACAAAGCCGGAAAGCCGCUGGGCAUGUGCUGCAUCUCCCCCGUCCUCGCUGCCAAAGUCCUGCCUGGCUGCGAGCUCACUUUGGGACAGGACAAAGAGUGUGAAAAGUGGCCAUAUGCCCAGACAGCCGGGGCUGUAAAGACGAUGGGCUGCAAACAUGUGAAUACAGAUGUGGAGCAAGCUCACGUUGAUGUCAAAAAUAAGCUGGUCACCACCAGUGCCUUCAUGUGCAACGCUCCCAUUCAUAAAGUUUUUGAUGGAGUAGGUGCCAUGGUGAGAGAGACACUUGGCUUAAGUCACUAAAGACUAUUUGUAUGUAUUGACUUUAAACCCAGUUCUCUGUGAUUUUCUGUACAAGCAUUGUGUUUAAUAUCAAGUUACACCACUUAUAUCAGAGCAUUCAUCUAAUGUUACAUAUAUAAUGUGUUGUUUUGAGAUUUUCAAUAAAUGUUGCACUGCAAAUUACA